AUGCAGGACCUUCUGAUGGGUCGUUUGGCGUUGGAUCUGCUGGAGUUGCUUGAAGUAAUUCUACAGACCUAUCUCAUUCAGGACUGUUUCCGCCGAUGCAGUGAGGAGGAAUUUCAACGCAACGCGAAGCCCGUGGUAUACUUAAAAGUGGACAACAUUUUGAAGGAGGAGGAUGAGGAGGGUGGCAGAGAUUUUCUUAGCCUUUCGUUCACAUCUGAUGAGUCUCUAGACGUCUCUGCAAGAAUGGGCACUUUGUAA